GCUAUGUAUUAUGAUUUUGUGUGUCUUCCAUUGCUCUUUCUUUCCUCUAUCUUUUCACACAAUAGCAGUUCCUCCAGUACAUUUGGGCUGUUUACGUGGCUAAAUAAUCUCAGUUGUUUUUUUGGGGGUUUUGAUUAUAGAUCUUUCACAUCCUGCCAUUUGAAGCACUUCUCUAGAUCUAUUUGUUUUCCUCUCUGUCUAUGAAAGUAUUCUGUGAUUUGCUAGUCGCCGAUAGCUCUGUUUCGCACCACUUGUGAACGCCUUCAAAGGCGAUACUCCCACUUCGCAUCUCUAGCCUAUCAUGGACAACCCAGACUUGGAUGAGGAGGCGGAUCAGAAAAAUGCCCCUGCGGAUGAGGAGGUGGGGACGAAGUACAACGCUCUCUUCUACCCCGGAGAAUUCUUCAUCUUCUGGAACGUUCUGGUUCCCCUCAGCGUUCUCCUCAACAUCCGCCAUUUCGGCCUGCGCGCGCAUGAGCUUGGGCUCGCUGUGGCCUUGGCCUUGAACCCGUACCUUUUGAAGUUUGUCUUACAUCCUGUGGAGACCGGUGACCCGUAGUCUGUUGUCCGGCCUACAGAAGCUGGCACCUGGCCAGCCCGCCGAGUACAUGGUCCAGGCUCGUGACGUCAUCGCCCUGUGUUUCUCUGUCGGCGUCUUCCUGCACUCUCUCUACUUCCACAGCCAAUGCAAUCGGUGCAUAGGCAAAAGUCCUUGUCCAAGUUCGGCCGGCAAGACUUUCUUCAAACGCCCAAAGAGUCGAAUGUGAGGCUUCUACAGAAGAAAAGCAACAACAAUAACAAACCGAAGACAGACAGACAAUUACAUUUAUAGAACUAAGAAACAAACAAAAAGAGACAAUCAGCGCCUUUGUUGGGUACAUUAAUUCGACUUACUAUAAACUAACAAUAGUCUUUUAUGCAUGGCCUCACGGAGACCACAGAGUGGCCUCAACGAGAGUGGAUACACUGAAUAUCCGUUGCAGGUCAAGUAAAGUCUGAAUGGAGAAAUGAAGAAUACAUUUAUUAGUACGUCUUGAAAGUGUUGGUGUCGGUGGUUCGCUUGUGCUCUGGUGUGGUUUGCUUCUUCUUUCCAGUCAAACAUAAUAUGAUGUCGUCCUUAUCUCUCCUCCUUUUUCG